AUGGUUGAUCAAGGCUUACCAAUUGAUGCACAGUGUCCAUCGUCAGCUGCACUUCUUGGAUAUGGGGGAGUUGCCGCUGCCGUGUGUUUAAGUAAUUGGGGAAGUGCCAUGGGAACAUGGAAAGCAGGUCAAAGCGUCAUUUAUACAGGAAUCCGACACCCUUCUUCAGUGAUGAAAAACGUCAUUCCAAUUGUUAUGGCUGGUGUGAUCGGAAUCUAUGGGCUGAUUGUCGGUGUGAUUAUCGGUCAAUCAAUUACAAAGCCAUCAAAUGAUAGAGAAAACGCUUACUCGACAUACACUGGACUGGCACACCUAUGUGCUGGGCUGUGUUGUGGGAUUUCAGGUCUUGCAGCUGGCCUUUGCAUUGGAAUCAUCGGUGAUUAUGGGGUUCGCGCCGUUGGAUAUCGAGCGUCUGCAGUCACAUUAUUUCCCACCUCACAAACAGAAAGAGAAGGUUAUUCCAAUAUUCCGGAUAGCGAUGAAGCAGCGGAGAACACCAUUGAUAAUGUCAGUGGAUCAGAUGAUCAAAACAAACUGUUCAUUGGUAUGCUGAUCAUGCUGAUUUUCUCGGAGGCCUUGGCUUUAUAUGGAAUGAUUGUAGCGCUGAUUGUCAGCCAACACUCAUAUUCUUGUGUUUAG